GAUCUCAUUUCAGUGCCUGUAGCUGACCACUUACAGUCAGAUCUUCGCCUUGUUGCUCGCCAGUUUUUCAGUGUUCAGCCAAGCUUACGGGAAGGAUGGUUGCCACUUGUCUACAUCUUACUGGGUUUGUGGCUAGCUUUGUCGGUUGGAUUGGCUUGAUUGUGGCCACUUCCACAAAUGACUGGGUUGUGACUUGUGGAUACACCAUCACUACUUGCCGGAAGAUGGAUGAGCUGGGAUCCAAAGGGCUGUGGGCCGACUGCGUCAUGGCAACAGGGCUGUAUCACUGCAAGCCACUGGUGGAUAUCCUCAUAUUACCAGGAUACGUCCAGGCAUGUCGGGCCCUGAUGAUUGCUGCCACAGUUUUGGGACUCCCAGCUGUUUUCCUCCUGGUGACUGUUUUGCCUUGCAUCCGGAUGGGCCAUGAACCUGGAGUGGCCAAGUAUCGGCGUUCUCAACUGGGAGGAAUCCUGUUAAUCCUCUUGGCUCUGUGUGGCAUUGUGGCUACCAUUUGGUUCCCUGUGAGCGCUCACCGUGAAACCAUGAUUAUGAGCUUUGGAUAUUCCCUCUACACUGGCUGGAUUGGAUCGGCUCUUUGCCUUUUCGGUGGAUGCAUCAUUGUUUGUUGUUCAGGCGAUGCUCAAACCUUUGGAGAGAACCGCUUCUACUACGCUUCUGGAUCCAGCUCUCCCACCCACGCGAAGAGUGCCCACGUAUAAGAGCUCCUGAAACUUCCCAAGCCUUGGAGAAACUUUUUUUUUUUUUGGCACAAGUGGAAGGGUUUACAUUCAAUUUUUGGUCUUCCACUUACUCCCAUCUUCUAAGCUGCAUCGGUUGUAGAAGAUAGAAAGAAACAACCAACCAACCCGGUGUUUGUAACGCAUAAACACCCCAUUUCUCUGAAUAGAAAUAGCAAAAUAAAGAUCAAGCUACGUGCAGACACAGUCUUCUUUGGUCAGGGCUUUUUCAUUCAUAAUUCUGUCGAAAUAUUAAGCCUCUUUUUCUUUCUCCUUCCCUCCUUCCCUCCUUCCCUCCUCCCCUCCCUCCCUCCCUCCCUCCCUCCUACUAGGAAGAGAAUUAACAAAUAUGUAUCUGAAUUGCCUGGAACUGAUUUCUCACAGAAUAAGUUACCCUUUCCUUUUAUCUCAUUCAAGGCCAUCUUAUCUGGCAGUGCUUACCAAGUCAGGCGAAAGACUCCCCUGCGUUCCAACUACAACAAUGUUUUCUUUCCCCAAAGAUUAAGGGAUAUCUCUUUGUUUUCUCAGUCUGAAAACAGAACAAGCACUAUAAGGAAGAUGACCAUUUCAGUAACAGUGGUGUGUGUUGUUGUUUAUUGUCUACAUACAUCAGUAUGAAGGAAAUUAAAGAGAGCCAUAUCUAAUUGCAAGAUAAAUAACAAAAGAAAAAUUGUAUAUAUCUCCUUAUAUAUAUAAAUGGGACCGAUCCUACAUGUAUUUUCUUCAGUCUCUUUUCUGCCAACUUGUAUUUUUUUUUACUUUUGUUUCAAUUAAUUUGUAUUCUGACAUAAACGAUUGAACUAUUAUCUAAAUUUUUGUACUGUAAUCAGAUGCCAGUUCAAGGCACGUCCUAUGAAUACUGAUGAUAACGAUGUCUUUUGUUCCGAAGUGAAAUACUGUACAAUAUACUGAAAUAAAUGUUGAAAUUAACAA